GAAGCGCAUGAGCACGGUCCUGCAUGCGGCGGAGCAACGGCGAGGGCAGACAGUCGUGGAGCUGGGUGUUCGCAAAGUGGUGUCCAUGGCCACCGGCCAAGCCUCGCAGUCGCUGAACCCACGGAGUCCGGCAGCAGAUUCUGCAUCGCUCUCCUUCGGUCAGCUCCAGGAUGUGAACCACCCCGAGACGAAUCGCUUCUUCAGCAUGCACGGCAGGAGCAAUACCUCAGCCUCCUCUGACGCGAGAGGGGGGAGUAGAUGGGGUACGUGGAUGCAGCUCACACAUACACUGACGUCCAUGACGUCCUACAAGAGGCCGACUACUCGGACGGUAGGCCAUCGCUGGCGAUUGAGACCUGCUUGCUGUGGCAGGAAAGUUGAGAAGCGACGUCAGCGGAAGGCGGUUCGAGGAGGCCGGCAAGGACGCAACGCAGAGGGCAAGGGCGAGCAUGUCGUGGACUUGGAGUGGUCCCUGGAUCUUUCCCUGGAGGGCUUGGGCGUUGCCAUGCUGGAGAUUCGCUUGGACUCGGGAGAGUCACAUGAGGUGGGCUAUGGCUGCUUGAGGAAGCUGAGGGUCAAAGUGCUCCAGCAUGCCGCGAAGACGGAUGUCGAGGGCCGCGCCGGUGCACUUUCUGCUGAAAUGCAGCUCAGUUCCGCGCAGCUAGACGUGGGGCACGGACAGCGCAAGUUCAUGCAAGGCAAAGACUUUCACGCGAUCUUGCGGCCUUUCUCCGGUCCCCUCCAGAUCCUCUCAGACGAGACGGGCGAGCCGCCGCCUCUGAUCCAUUUCGAAGCGAUGUUGAAGUUCGUGAAUGAGAAUCACGACGGCGAGCAGGAGGGAAUCAGCAAGUGCCGAGAGGGGUCAACGCACUACGAGGUCCGGAAGUUGGAGCUCAGAGCGCAGCCCGUCGGGCUCCAAGUGGAGACGGCACUCCUGGCGGAGGUGGUGGUUUGGGUCCUGGAGCUGUGCAGUGCUCUCAAGUCCCAGAAGCUUCGCGCGGAGAGCGUCGCAGAGCAGCUGGCGCAGUCUCUGGAUGCGGAGGAGUUCGAGUGUUUCAGGGAGGACACUGCGCUCGUGGACCUUUUGUACCGCGAGCCGCGAUGCGUGCGGGAUCCGACGGCCGAGCAUUUCCGGGAUCUGACCCCCUUGAUGAUUCGAGAGCUGACGCUGAGACGGAUUUGUUGCGUCCUCUCACUGAGCUUUACAGGCACGGGCUCCUGGAACGCAGAGAUGAAGGAGCAACUUCAGGCACUUGAGAUGCUGCUUCGACUGACACUGCCGCUGGACGUUCACCAGGCGCGGCUGAUGCUUGGGAAGAUCCACUUCGGCUGGCGAGGGCCAGCGGUUCGAGAUCUCUCAGUUCGAGAGCGCUUCCUCGCCAGUGGCACGGAGGACAAGCAAUGCAUGUGGACAGUACUCGAGGGCCAAAAUCAUAAGUAA